UGUCAUGACGUGGCGGGUCUGCCAACAACGUCACCGCCCUCCUGUGUUUGAGACUCAGCCCUGACACAGAGCACCGUGCCAAACACGACUUUAUUUCACCGGCUCACCAUCCCACACUUUGGUCAUGAUGAUGUGGUGACCCUGGGUUUGCCAGGCCGUGAGAUGGUUACAGCUUGGCGCAGAGAGACUGAAAUAGAAGAAUGGGCAGGAGUGUCUGGGGCUUCUGGCAAGGUGUCUUCUCCACUGGGGUGCUCUAUGGCUCUUUGUCCCUUUUUAUCUCCAUCCUUCACAACGUGUUCCUGCUUUACUAUGUGGAGACAUUUGUGUCCGUCUACAAGAUUGAUAAAAUCUCCUUCUGGGUGGGAGAGACAGUUUUCCUCAUAUGGAACAGUGUGAAUGACCCUCUCUUUGGCUGGUUGAGCGAUCGCUCCUUCCUCAGCUCCCCCCAGUCAGGCUCUCAGGUCACAUCCUCAGAAGUGGUGCUAAAGCGGCUGAAGGCUCUCUCCACAAAUGGCCCUCUCUUUGCGCUGUCGUUCCUGGCCUUCUGGGUGGCGUGGGCCAGGCCUGGCCUGCAGUUCCUGCUGUGCUUGUGCCUCUACGACGGAUUCCUCACCAUGGUGGACCUCCACCACAGUGCCCUGCUGGCUGACCUGGCAGUGUCCGCUGCGGAUCGCACGCGCCUCAACUUCCACUGUUCAGUGUUCAGCGCUUUGGGCUCGUUCUCCGUCUUUCUGUCCUACUCUUUCUGGGACAAAGAGGAUUUCUACUUGUUCCGCCUCUUCUGUGUGACACUGGCAUCUUUUUCCGUCUUGGGCUUUUUCAUAGUGUCCAGGAUGCUACGUCAUAGUUUUCAACAGAUGGCCUGUCCAAGAAAGGAUGAGACAUUGAUGCACAAAGAGAUCAGUGUUGGCAAUUCUCCAUCUACCCAACCGGAAAAACCUGUCACUGUCAGACUGUACCUUAAGCAGCUUUCCAGACACAGGAACUUCAAGUGGUUUGUGUCAAUGAACCUGAUUCAGGUAUUUCACUGCCACUUCAACAACAACUUCUUCCCUCUUUUCCUUGAACAUCUCCUCUCUGACAAUAUUUCAGCCUCCACGGGCUCCAUCUUACUCGGGAUCUCUUACAUUGCUCCUCACCUGAACAACAUGUAUUUCCUGACACUGUGCCAACGUUAUGGGGUUUACCACGUUAUCCGCUGGCUAUUUAUGGUCAAACUGGGACUUAGUGUGGUAAUGGUGCUUGCCGGGGCCGACCACAUAUAUCUGCUGUGCAUCUUCAUUGCUAGUAAUCGGGUGUUUACGGAGGGGACGUGCAAGCUGCUGAAACUGGUCAUUUCUGAUCUGGUGGACGAAGACUUUGUGGUCAACCGACGUCAGCAGGCCACGUCUGCUCUCCUCUUCGGGAUGGUAGCCUUGUUGACCAAACCGGGCCAGACAUUCGCCCCACUCAUUGGCACCUGGCUGCUGUGUGUUUACACAGGUUAUGAUAUUUUUGAGAGGGAGCCUGUGAAGGACUCCCUGGUUUCAGUGCCUGACGUUGUCUCCGGCUCAGGGACGCCACCUCUACGCCUGGGCUGCUUCUACUUGUUGGUGUUUGUGCCUAUCGCCUGUGCCCUGCUCCAGCUGGCCGCCUGGUCUCAGUUCACACUCCACGGCCGCAAACUUCAAGGGAUCAAGACCUUAAGGCAGUCGGCCCAGCAUGGCCACCUCAUCGAUGUCAAGGCCAUAUGAACUGAGUAAAGCUGCACAUAGACACUUUUUUCAUGCAACAGUUUUUACAGUUUUACACAACUGACAAGAUGAUGAAACAAAGCUACACUGAUGAGUUCUGCAGCCAAGUCUUGUGGUCAUGUAUCUGUGGACAGUGAAAAAUCAGUGGUUUGACAAACUGGAAGGAACAUUUGUACUAAUUGAAACUUGCCUUAUUUUAUAUUAAAAUAUUGACCUAUAUUUAUAUUUGAACAGAUGACCAAAAGAUAGAGUACAACUACUUCAUUGUUUGGAUAUAGAAAUGAUGAAGGUGACAAGUCAGUCCAAAGAUUGUGUGCCCUCUUUAAAUGGUUUGAGGUGGCCUGUAAUCUGAGUGCGCUCACUAAUCAUCAAUAACAUCAGGAGGUUCACCACAGAGAUAGUGUUAUAUAUUCUUAUGUUAUAAAUAGUAGGAUGAAGAAAAUUUAUGAAAAUUGAUAUUGUGUUCUAAGUGUUGUUGGAACUGCGUUGAUCCUUCAAUACAGAGGUUAUUUUAAUGUUACUGUUUCUUUGCCACAGAAAACCCUGCCAGUUAGAUGUUGAGAAUUCUAGAUCCAGCCAGUGUUGAUAAUGGUGAUGAUGCUGGGUUUUUUUGCACAAAACUGCCAUUUCUCUGUUGUACUUCUUGUACUUCUAACAUUCUGAUUGUUAUAAACUUUGUGUAUGGUCGUAAUAAAAACUGGGAUCAAGUAA